AUGGUCCGCAUCCCGCUGGCCCACCGCAUCGCCAGCAAAGGGAGCACCAGGCCCCCCAACGACGAUGCUCUCGCAGCCGACUCCAAGCAUUUGAUCCUCAGGACCUCGGUCCUACGUGGUCGCAACUUGGCCGCCAAGGACAGGAAUGGUACCAGUGAUCCCUACCUGGUCGUUACCCUCGGCGACUCGCGCCAGUCUACCCCCACCAUCUCCAAGACCCUCAACCCAGAAUGGCACGUGUCGUUUGAUCUGCCCGUCGUCGGCGUGCCGCUACUGGAGUGCGUGUGCUGGGAUAAGGACCGAUUUGGAAAGGACUACAUGGGGGAAUUCGACAUCCCUCUCGAAGACCUCUUUGCCGAUGGCCGUGUUUACCAGGAACCGCAAUGGUAUGACCUGCGCGCCAAAUUUAAAACUGGCAAGGACAAUGAUGUGUCUGGCCAGAUUCAGCUCCAAUUUUCUCUCUACGAUGCCUCCGACCUAACCGCCUCGCCCGAAGACAUCUGCUGUAAAUUUAGCGCCUUGGUCACUUCUGGUGACGACGACGAAGAGGCUAUCAUUCCUGCAUCUUCUGACGACAAAUCCGAUGCCACCUCCGACGAGACCACUGAUGAUCCUGCCCGGCUGGGAUCUGCUGAGAACAGGCGCCGGAAGCUGCGCCUUGCCAAGUUGAGGGACAAGUCCAUUGCUGCUCGCGCCUAUGAGUUUUCUGGUGCCAAAGACGGCGUCUCAGGAAUUGUCUUCCUUGAGGUUGGCAAAGUCCUGGACUUGCCCCCCGAGAAGAAUGUGACUCGCACGUCUUUUGAUAUGGACCCAUUUGUCGUCACCUCUUUAGGCCGAAAGACCCUACGAACGCGUGUCAUUCGUCAUAACCUCAACCCAGUCUUUGACGAAAAGAUGGUCUUUCAGGUAAUGAAGCAUGAACAGACUUAUUCUUUCAGCUUUACUAUUAUGGACCGAGAUAAGCUGUCCGGAAACGACUUCGUCGCUUCGGCAAAUUUUCCCCUACAGAAUCUGAUCCACGCUGGACCCGUUGCCGAUCCUGAGACAGGCCUAUAUCGUCUCUCUGGUCUAUUCGAGACCCCUGUUCAGGCUCCCGCAGCAUCAAAAUCCCGUUUUAGGCUGACCCUUUCACGCUCCUCAUCUGCCUCAAGUCUUUCGAAGCUCGCACGGCCCGGCUUAAAAUCAAAAACGUCGGCCACAUCCUUGUCAAGUCAGUUUCAAGUGGCGGAACAGUCAAACCAUGCCCACAUUCCUACCCCAUGCACUUCGGCAACCCAGUUAAGCGUACCAGGGAUAGCUGCCUGUCCCUCAGACGGCACCACUACGCCGCCUGACACCGAUGACUUGAAGUGCUACGUUAUACCGCUUACACUGAAGAAUAAAGAUCGAUGGGAAGACAAGCAUUUUCCCGAGCUUCACGUUCGUGCUAAGUACAUGCCUUACGCUGCUCUACGACAGCAAUUCUGGAAAGUCAUGCUGAAGCAGUACGAUGCCGAUGAAAGCGGCCGGAUAAGCAAGGUUGAAUUGACGACAAUGCUUGACACGCUCGGUUCAACGCUAAAAGAAUCCACGAUUGACAGUUUUUUUCAUAAAUUUGCCAAUGAAAACGAGCCUAGCGACACUAUAGACUUGACUUUUGACCAGGCAGUUAUCUGCCUUGAAGAGACCUUGCAGACGUUGCAGAAAUCUGCGGGAUCUCACUCGAAAAAUUUGGUACAUAUUUCUCCCCCAUCGCCGGGAAGCGAAAAUCUAUCCUGUGAGGAUCUACCUCGAUCUUUGAGUUCUUCCGUGCCCCUCACGACGACUUCGGGACGGAGGACUGUGAGCCACAGUACAUCACGCGAUGAAUCCACCUCUAGCGAAGAUGGACCCCUUCACCCAGAUGAUUUGGCUGAUGAGCGUGGGGAAGAGCAUGUUAUCGAACUUCGAGAGUGCCCACUCUGCCAUCAACCGAGACUCGAAAAGCGAUCUGAUUCUGACAUAAUCACUCACAUUGCUACAUGUGCCAGUCAGGAUUGGCGCCAGGUUGAUAAUCUGGUAAUGGGUGGUUUUGUCACUUCCAGCCAGGCCCAACGGAAAUGGUACAGUAAAGUUAUCACUAAAAUUUCGUAUGGUGGGUACAAACUUGGGGCCAAUUCAGCGAAUAUUCUCGUUCAGGACCGAAUCACUGGACAGAUAAAUGAAGAACGCAUGAGCGUGUAUGUACGGUUGGGGAUUCGCUUACUUUACAAGGGCCUUAAGAGUAGGGACAUGGAGAAGAAACGAAUUCGGAAGAUGUUGAAAUCCCUCAGCAUCAAACAAGGGAGGAAGUAUGAUGACCCGGCAUCUGCGGGACAGAUUGAGGGAUUCAUGGCUUUUCAUCAACUGGACUUGUCAGAAGUGCUUCUUCCCCUCGAUGAGUUCAGAACUUUCAACGAAUUCUUUUAUCGGGCCUUGAAACCAGGCGCACGGCCGUGCUCGGCCCCUAACAACCCAGACAUUAUUGUUUCACCGGCGGACUGCCGAAGUGUUGUCUUCGAUCGAAUUGACGAUGCAACAAAGAUUUGGGUCAAGGGCCGAGAAUUUUCUUUGGCUAGGCUCCUUGGCAAAGCUUACCCCGAAGAUGUGGAGCGGUACAAAGGCGGUGCUCUGGGAAUUUUUCGAUUGGCACCCCAAGACUACCAUCGUUUCCAUAUACCGGUGGAUGGCGUUAUGGACGUGCCUAAAACUAUCGAAGGCGAGUAUUAUACAGUGAACCCGAUGGCUAUUCGCUCUGCACUUGACGUGUAUGGGGAAAAUAUUCGCAUUCUUGUCCCGAUUAACUCCAUCGCACACGGACGGGUCAUGGUUAUUUGCGUUGGGGCAAUGAUGGUGGGCAGCACAGUGAUCACGCGACAGGCCGGGGAAAGGGUUACUCGAGCAGAGGAGUUGGGCUACUUCAAAUUUGGGGGCAGUACCAUUUUAGUUCUUUUUGAACCAGGGCGUAUGAACUUCGAUAGUGACCUGACCGACAAUUCCAAAGGCGCUCUGGAGACGUUGAUUCGCGUCGGCAUGUCUAUCGGUCACAGCCCGCACGUCGCGCAGUAUACUCCAGACAUGCGUAAGCCAGACGAACUGGUGUCAGGGAAGGAGAGAGAGGAGGCGAAUCGCAGGAUCGGCGGGAAUCUGGCGCCGACGAUAAAACUAGAGGUAUCAUCUCAUUAG